GGACUUGUUUCCAGCUCUCGCGAGACUUGAAGGGGUCGGAGCGCGGGGGCCGGCCGAGAGGAAAGCUGGAGGCGCCGGUGGGGAACAUGUCGGAGUCGGAGCUCGGCAGGAAGUGGGACCGGUGCCUGGCGGAUGCGGUCGUGAAGAUAGGUACUGGUUUUGGAUUAGGAAUUGUUUUCUCACUUACCUUCUUUAAAAGAAGAAUGUGGCCAUUAGCCUUCGGUUCUGGCAUGGGAUUAGGAAUGGCUUACUCCAACUGUCAGCAUGAUUUCCAGGCUCCAUAUCUUCUACACGGAAAAUAUGUCAAAGAGCAGGAGCAGUGACUUUCACCUGAGAACAUCCCAGCGGGAGGACAAGAGAAAUCAUGUUUAUUCCUCAGGAAUACUGAAGUGCCCUGGAGUAAGCUGCCAUUCUUCUGUAACAAUGUUAUCAGUAAUGCUUUAAACUCCAGCACCUGGUUAUGUAUUUGAAACCAGUCUGUUUCUUGUUUUGUAUUUUCUCUCUGGAAGUUGUAAGGAGGUGGUCUUAAAUAAAUUAAACAAAAAUAGGAAGCCCA